CUCUGGUAAGAAAUAAAUAAAUAAUAGACGAGAAAGUGAAGUAAAAAGUGGAAUACAUAAAAGUGAACUGUAAACCGGAAGUAGCCCAAGAUAAAGGAUAUUCAAGUUACAGCUGAGCUGCCAGAUUGUGUGUGUGUGUGUGCUAGUGAGAGAGUAUAGCACAAUGGGGUCAGGUGCAGCCCCAUUCUGUGCUAUGGGCGUGGCCUUUGCUCUGUGCCUGCUUGUCGCGCUUUGUAAUGCGGAACUGACGCCGCCAUAUUUUAAUCUGGCCACGGGUCGCAAGAUUCAUGCAACUGCCACAUGUGGCGAGGAUACGGACGGACCCGAACUCUAUUGUAAGCUGGUCGGAGCGAAUACGGAAAAUGAUCACAUCGAUUAUUCGGUUAUUCAAGGACAAGUCUGCGAUCAUUGUGAUCCCAAUUCGCCGGAGAAGAAUCAUCCACCGGAGAAUGCAAUCGAUGGCACCGGUUCCUGGUGGCAGAGUCCGCCCUUAUCACGUGGCAUGAAAUUCAACGAAGUCAAUUUGACCAUCGAUUUCGAACAGGAAUUCCAUGUGGCCUACUUGUUUAUACGCAUGGGCAAUUCGCCGCGUCCCGGUCUCUGGACGCUGGAGAAGUCCACGGAUUACGGCAAGACCUGGACACCCUGGCAGCAUUUCUCGGACACGCCCGCUGAUUGUCAGACCUACUUUGGCAAGGACACCUAUAAGGCAAUAACACAGGACGACGAUGUGAUGUGCACCAUGGAAUACUCGAAGAUUGUGCCGCUAGAGAAUGGAGAGAUACCGGUGUUGUUGCUCAAUGGCCGACCCUCAUCCACCAACUACUUCAACUCGACGGUGCUGCAGGAAUGGACACGUGCCACCAAUGUGAGAAUCCGUUUGUUGCGCACCAAGAAUCUCUUGGGUCAUCUGAUGUCGGUGGCACGACAAGAUCCAACGGUGACACGUCGCUACUUCUACUCGAUUAAGGACAUCUCGAUUGGUGGACGUUGCAUGUGCAACGGUCAUGCCGACACCUGUGACGUCAAGGAUCCCAUUAGUCCAGUGCGGAUACUCGCCUGUCGCUGCCAGCACCACACCUGCGGCAUUCAGUGCAACCAGUGCUGUCCCGGAUUCGAGCAGAAGAAGUGGCGCCAGAAUACCAACGCCCGACCCUUCAACUGCGAACCCUGCAAUUGUCAUGGACACACCAACGACUGCAUGUACGAUGAGGACGUUAAUCGCAAGGGUCUCUCGCUAGACAUUCAUGGUCACUACGAUGGCGGUGGCGUCUGCAAGAAUUGUCAGCACAAUACCGAAGGCACCAAUUGCAACAAGUGCAAACCGAAAUACUAUCGCCCCAGAGGCAAAUACUGGAACGAGACGGAUGUCUGCAGUCCUUGCAAUUGUGAUUUCUUCUACUCGACGGGACACUGUGAGGAGGAAACGGGCAAAUGCGAGUGCCGGGCAGCUUUCCAGCCACCCAACUGUGACUCCUGCUCCUAUGGUUACUACGGCUAUCCUCAGUGCCGUGAGUGUGAGUGCAAUUUGAAUGGCACCAAUGGCUACAAUUGCGAGGCUGUCAAUGGCAUUUGUCCCUGCAAGACUAACUUUGCCGGUGCCCUGUGCAAGGAGUGCGCCGAAUCCUAUUACGGUUUCCCCGAAUGCAAAGCCUGCCAGUGCAAUAAGCUUGGCUCCAUCAAUAACGAUUGCGACAUCGUCUCCGGUAAUUGCACCUGUCUCAGCAAUUGGGGCGGAGCUCAGUGCGAACGCUGCAAGGAUGGCUACUACAACGAACCGACCUGCACAUAUUGUGACUGUGACCAUCAGGGCACAGAGUCCGAGAUCUGUAGCAAGGCGUCCGGUCAGUGCAUUUGUCGUGAAGGUUUUGGUGGAUCACGCUGCGAUCGUUGCUUGCCAGGAUAUUACAAUUAUCCAUCCUGCAAGCCGUGCAAUUGCUCGACCACGGGCAGCUCAGCGAUCACCUGUGACAACACUGGCAAAUGUAAUUGUCUGAUCAACUACUCUGGCAAGCUGUGCAACAUGUGCAGUGCUGGCUUCUACAACUAUCCGGAGUGCUUGGCCUGCAACUGCAACGAGCACGGCUCGGAAGGCGUCACCUGCAAUGAGAAUGGAUGUUUCUGUAAGCCCAACUUCGAUGGUCGCCAAUGCGAGAGAUGCAAAGAAUCGUUUUACAAUUUCCCCGCCUGCGAGGAUUGCAAUUGCGAUCCGGCUGGUGUGAUUGAGCAAUUCGCCGGCUGCGGUUCGGUGCCGGUGGGCGAGCUCUGUAAAUGCAAGGAGCGUGUAACUGGCCGCAUUUGUAACGAGUGCAAGCCGCUCUACUGGAACUUGACCGUGAGUAAUGCGGAUGGCUGCCAGGAAUGUGAUUGCUAUAUAGAUGGCACCGUUUCGGGCCUGGACACUUGUGCGCCCAAAUCGGGCAAAUGCCACUGCAAGCCACACACGAUGGGUCGUCAGUGUCAUGAAUGCCGAGAUGGCACCUUUGAUCUGGAUGGAUCCUCGCUGUUUGGCUGCAAGGAUUGCAGUUGCGAUGUCGGUGGCUCCUGGAAGAGCGAAUGCGACAAGAUCAGCGGCCAGUGCAAAUGUCAUCCGCGUGUCACAGGACGUGCCUGCACACAACCCCUGACCACUCACUACUUCCCCACACUGCAUCAGUUCCAGUAUGAGUACGAGGAUGGAUCACAGCCAUCGGGUGCCCAGGUGCGCUAUCAGUACGAUGAUGCGAUCUUCCCGGACUUUAGCAGCAAGGGCUACGCCGUUUUCAAUGACAUACAGAACGAGGUGCGCAACGAUCUAACCGUGUUCAAGUCCUCCGUCUAUCGCAUUGUCAUCCGCUACAAGAAUCCCAACGAGAAAAAUGUAACGGCCAGCAUACUCAUCCAAUCCGAGAAUCCCCUGGAAGUGGAUCAAACCGUCAAGGUUCUCUUGCGUCCCACAACCGAGCCAGAGUUCGUCACCGUUUCUGGCCCCAAGGGCAAUGUGCCCUCGGCUGUCGUACUCGAUCCAGGACGCUAUAUGUUCACCACCAAGGCGAACAAGAAUGUGAUGCUGGACUAUUUUGUGCUCCUGCCGGCUGCCUACUAUGAGGCAUCGAUUCUGACACGCCACAUUGCCAAUCCCUGUGAGCUGGGCAACAUGGAGCUAUGUCGUCAUUAUAAAUACGCAAAUGUCAAUGUCUUUGAGCCCGCCACUACACCCUUCAUCAUCGGCGCCAAUGGCAAGCCCACAAAUCCCACCGAGGUCUACACUGAUUCGGAGCAUUUACAGAUUGUUAGCCAUGUCGGCGAUAUUCCAGUGCUCAGCAAUACUCAGAAGGAGCUCAACUAUAUUGUGGAUGUGCCGCGCAGUGGUCGUUACAUUUUUGUCAUUGACUACAUUAGCGAGAGAAACUUUGCGGUGCCCUACGAUGUGAAUCUAAGGCUUGGAAAUGAUCCGGAUUCCCAUUCAUCCGUCUAUCUGUAUCCCUGCCUCUACUCCACGGUCUGCCGCACGCCCAUCAAUGAUGACGGUCGCGAAAAGGCCUUCUACAUCAACAAGGACGAUCUGCAGCCAGUUACUAUUUAUGCGGACAAUGAUGAUAUCUAUCGCGUGCCCAUUAUAUCGGUGACUGCCAUUCCAGUUGAACAGUGGUCCAUUGACUAUAUCAAUCCCAGUCCCGUUUGUGUCAUACACAAUCAACAAUGUGCAACACCAAAAUUCCGUUCGGUGCCCGAUUCCAAGAAGAUUGAAUUCGAAACGGAUCAUGAGGAUCGUAUAGCGACAAACAAGCCGCCAUAUGCCGCAUUCGAUGAGCGUGUAAAGCUGGUGCACCUGGACAACAGGCAGGAUGGCUCGAUUGUGAUUGAAUCCAAAGUGUCGGAGCCACAUCGCUAUGUCAUACUGGUCAAGUACUAUCAACCCAAUCAUCCCAAGUAUCAGUUGACCUACACAUUGACCGCUGGCAAGAAUCAAUACGAUGGCAAAUUCGAUAUACAACAUUGCCCAUCCAGCUCUGGCUGUCGUGGUGUUAUACGACCCACUGGCGACGAUUGGUGGUUCGAUAUUGAGGACGACUUCAAGUUUACCCUGACCAACCCCCGAGCACAAGGCGUUUGGCUAGACUAUCUGGUUGUUGUGCCUCUGGAUCAAUACAAUGACGAUCUGCUCGUCGAAGAGACUUUCGAUCAGACCAAGGAAUUCAUCAAAAACUGCGGUCACGACCAUUACCACAUCACACACAACGCGAGCGAGUUCUGCAAGAGCGCUGUCUUCUCUCUGACAGCCGACUACAACAGCGGAGCCUUGUCCUGCAAUUGUGACUAUGCCGGCUCCACGAGCUUCGAGUGUCAUCCAUUUGGUGGGCAGUGCCAGUGUCGCAAGAAUGUCAUCGGUCGUCAGUGCACAGCUUGUCGCACAGGCUACUACGGCUUCCCCGAUUGCAAAGUUUGCGAUUGUCCCAGCACUGCCAUGUGUGAGGCCACCACCGGUGAAUGCAUGUGUCCACCGAAUGUGAUUGGUGCCUUGUGUGACAAAUGCGCACCGAAUACAUAUGGCUUCCAUCAGGUGAUUGGCUGCGAGGAGUGCAACUGCAAUUAUAUGGGCAUCGCAAAUGGUAAACAGCAGUGCGACAUGUUGAACGGUUCCUGCGAGUGUCGCGACAACAUUGUGGGUCGUGCCUGCGAUGGCUGUGCCCAUGGAUUCUAUGAUUUUCCACGCUGCAGCCGAUGCACCUGCCACAAGCCGGGCACUGAGCUGGAGGUGUGCAAUAAGAUCGAUGGCAGUUGUUUCUGCAAGGAGAAUGUUUUGGGACGCGAUUGCGAUCAAUGCAAGGAUGGCACAUACAAUCUGAGGGAUGACAAUCCCGAGGGCUGCACCACUUGCUUCUGCUUUGGCAAAACGUCACGCUGCGACAGCGCCUAUCUGCGUGUCUACAAUGUCAGCCUGAUGCGGGAGAAGGCGGUCUACUCGGCUGAUUUCCACGCCAAGAACAUCGAGUUUGAGUUGUGGGAACUAUCGCCGAAUGAACUGGUUCUCAACGAGACAACGCUACAGGCGGACUUCUCCAUCAGAGAGUCAUCCGAUCAACGUGUCGCUUAUUUUGGCGUACUCGACUAUCUGCUCAAUCAAAACAGUCACAUUUCCGCUUAUGGUGGCGAUCUUGGCUACACUCUCUACUUCACGUCGGGCUUUGUGGGCAACGCCAUUGUCGCACCGGAUGUGAUCUUGCUCAGCGCAGAUCACAUUCUCGUACACCAGAGCUACGAGCAGCCCAGCAGCAAUUUGCCAUUUAAGAAUCGCUUACAGAUGGUCGAGACUAAUUUCCAGACGCAGACGGGCAAGUCUGUGAGUCGUGCGGAUUUCAUGAUGGCACUGCGUGAUCUCAAGACGAUCUUCAUACGUGCCAAUUACUGGGAGCAAACGUUGAAUACACAGCUCUCCGAUGUCUAUCUAACACUCGCCGAUGAGGAUGCCGAUGGCACGGGCGAAUAUCAAUUCCUGGCCGUGGAGCAUUGUCACUGCCCGGCUGGCUACACGGGCCACUCUUGCGAGGACUGUGCGCCUGGCUAUCAUCGUUUGAACAAUGGUCCCUACGGCGGCUAUUGCGUGCCAUGCGACUGCAAUGGCCAUGCCGAAACCUGCGACUGUGCGACGGGAAUCUGCAAGGAUUGCCAGCACUCAACGCGUGGCGAUCACUGCGAACAUUGUGUGGCCGGAUAUUAUGGCAAUGCCACAUAUGGCACACCACACGACUGCAUGAUCUGCGCCUGUCCACUGCCCUAUGAUUCCAAUAAUUUCGCCAUCGGUUGCGAGAUCUCCGAGUCGGGCACCGAGAUCCAUUGUGAGUGCAUGCGUGGCUAUACGGGUCCCCGCUGUGAGGCCUGUGCAAAUGGCUUCUUCGGCUCACCGGAGACGCCCGGUGAUUUCUGCAAACCCUGCGAAUGCUCCGGCAACAUCAAUCCCAACGAGCAAGGCUCCUGCGAUACACGCACCGGUGAAUGUCUGCGCUGUCUGAACAACACCUCGGGUAUGGCGUGUAAUCUUUGCGCCCCGGGCUUCUAUGGUGAUGCCAUCAAUCUGAAGAACUGCCAGAGCUGUGACUGCGAUGAGGUGGGCACCCUGCAAUGUGAUCCGGCCGUCGGCAAAUGCAAAUGCCAUGAGAAUGUCAUCGGUGAACGCUGUGAUCGCUGCAAGCCAGAUCAUUAUGGCUUCGAUUCCGGCACCGGUUGCCGUGCCUGCGAUUGUGGUGCUGCCUCCAAUUCCACACAAUGCGAUGAGCACACAGGACACUGUUUCUGCAAACCUGGAGUUACGGGUCGUCAAUGUGAUCGCUGCACUGUGGAUCACUGGCGCUAUGAGAAGGAUGGAUGCACACCGUGCAAUUGCAAUGAGGGGUAUUCCCGUGCCGGCACCGGCUGUAAUCCACAUACGGGUCAAUGCGUCUGCCUGCCUGGUGUCAUUGGUGAUCGCUGUGAGGCAUGUCCAAAUCGCUGGGUCCUAACCGAAGAUGGCUGCAUGGAGUGUAACAAUUGUCAUCAUGCUCUGCUCGACGUCACCGACAAGUUGCGCUAUCAGAUCGAUGGUGUGCUACAGGAUUUCCAAACGGUUACUAUGGCUUUCUUCACCAGCCAGAAGCUAAACUACUACGACCAACUGGCCGAAGAUCUGGAACCCAAAGUGCGAGCACUGGAACCGAACAGUGUCAACCUGAUGCCGUCGCAGGAGCUCAACAGCGAACUGGAGGCGGCCAGCAAAGCCUACGCCAAGCAGGUGAAUCAAACGCUGGGCAAUGCAUUUGACAUACGCCAGAGAUCGGGUGUGCUGCUGAAAAAUGUAUCCGCUGUGCAUGAGGAGGCUUUGAACAGCGUAGACCAGGCGAAGGCUGCCAUUGUCGCCGUCGACUCCUUGUCACAGAAUCUGGAAGCAACGGCUAGCACCAAGAUCGAUGCUGCUCUGGAGCAGGCGCAGCGCAUUCUCAACGCUAUUAAUAGCACCCAAAUCGAGCUGCAGUCCAAUGAACUGGGUCUGGACAAGGGACGACAGCUGUACGAGGAUAUCACUCAACUGGUGGAGCCCAUUCAAUUGCAGAACCUCAGUCUGAAUGCGCUCAAGAAUGACAUUGGUGAGUUCAGUGACAAGCUGGAGGAUCUGUAUAACUGGAGCGCUCAAUCGCAGAGUCAGUCCGGCGAUGUGGAAGUCAUAAAUGUGGUCAAUUCGCGUUCAUACAACAAUUCCAAAUUUGAUACGGUGUCCGAGCAGCAGCAGGGUGCCGAGAACAACAUCAAGGAAGCGGGCAACUUUCUGAUCAACGGAGAUCUGACACUCGAUCAGAUCGACACCAAGCUCGUUGCUCUGCGCGGUGCACUGCAGGAGCUCAAGUCGGUGAACAAGGAUGUCGAUGAGUAUCUGCCAGAGCGCGACAUGCAGCACCAGGAAGCCGAUGAGCUUACCCUAAAGGCGGAGCUACAUGCCGCCGAGCUAGACGUACGCGCCAAGGAUCUGGCCAAUCAAUAUGCCGACAUGACCGCAAGCGCCGAGCCAGCGAUCCAAGCGGCCACCGCAUACAGCACAAUUGUGGAGGCCGUCAAGGCAGCCAAACAGUUUAGUGAGGAUGCCAUAAAUGCGGCGGGCAAUGCCAAUGAAAAAUCCGAUGGUAUUCAGGAGCGUGCCGGCAGUGCUGAUAUGGAAUCUGCGGAGCUGUUGCAGAAAGCUCGUCAGGCGCUGGUUAAGGUGCAGGAUGAUUUGGAGCCGCGACUCAAUGGUUCCGCCGGCAAGGUUGAGGGUAUCUCCCAUCAAAAUGCCGCCACCGAUAAUCAGCUCAAGGAUAUAAAUAUACUCAUUAAAAAAUUGCCGGCGGAGACGCAGCGUGACAUGUGGAAGAGCUCGAAUAGCAAUGCUAGUGAUGCCCUGGACAUCCUACAGGAUGUACUCGAAAUCCUCAAGCCUGUUAGCUCGCAAACGCCCAAGGAGCUGGAUAAGGCGCGCAACAUUAGUCGACUUGUGGACAUCACCAACAAGGACAUCUCGCAAGCCAACAAUCAACUGGACAACGUGGUCAUCUCCAUACCCACUCUUGAAGAUCGGGCCAACGACAUCGAUAAGCAGCAGCAGAACUUCGGUGAGAAGAGCCAACAGCUCGGCGACGACAUUGAGCAACUGAAGCGUCAACUCGAAACAGCUCGACGCACUGCCAACAGCAUCCAGGUUGGCGUCAAGUUCACACCGAGCACCGUGCUGGAGCUGAAGACGCCAGAGAAAACGCCACUGCUGGCCACCAAGACCAAAUUGUCGACGUUCUUCCGCACGAAAAACCCGGAUGGCUUCCUGCUCUAUCUGGGCAAUGACAAUAAGACCAUUCAGAAGAAUAACGACUUUGUCGCCAUGGAGAUUGUCAAUGGCUAUCCAAUCAUGACCAUCGAUUUGGGCAAUGGACCCGAGCGCAUCGGCAGCAGCAAGUAUGUCGCCGAUGGCAAUUGGUAUGAGGCCAUCAUCAAUCGCGUGGGUUCCAAGGCCGAGCUGACCAUACGCGAACAGUUGCCCAAUGGCACUGUGACGAAUCAUGUCGUUGAUAAAAAUUUGGUUGGCACCAAUAAUGUGUUGCAUGUGGAUCGCAAUAGUCGAUUGUUUGUUGGCGGCUAUCCAGGUGCGUCCGACUUCAAUGUACCCGAUGACAUAACGACCACACCGUUCACUGGCGAAAUGGAGAAUCUGCGCAUUGGCGAUGAGAAUGUUGGUCUCUGGAACUUUGUCUACGGGGAGGACAAUAAUCAGGGCGUACGCGAACGUGAUAAGUUGCUCGACGAGCAAAAGCCCGUCACUGGUCUGAGGUUCAAGGGCAACGGAUAUGCUCAACUGAAUACGAGACAAAUCAACUUCCGGGCCCGUUCCAGUAUCCAGUUUCGCUUUAAGGCCGAGAGGGAUGCCAGCAAUGGUCUGUUAUUCUUCUAUGGACGCGACAAUUACAUGGCCAUUCAGAUGGUCAGAGGUGCCAUCAUUUUCCUCUACAAGCUGGGCGAUGCUACUUUCACCUUGGGCAACCAGGAUCGCUAUAAUGACAAUCAAUGGCAUCAUGUUAAUGCCGAACGUGAUGGUCGCAGUGGCGUCCUCAAGAUAGACGACAUUCUAAUUUCCCAGAGGACAGAGACUCAAGCUGGCGAUAUGCAGCUACCCAAGCUGAAGCGCAUGUACUUUGGCGGCUUUCCGGGACGAAGAAAUCACACCGAUUUGGUAGAACAGGACUUCGAUGGAUGCAUCGAUAAUGUUGUCAUAUCGCAUUACAAUUUGGAUCUGACGCAGAAUGUAAAUGCUACAGGUGUCGUUGAGGGCUGUGCCCCCAAAUAUUCCACAACAUUGUCGUAUCUUCCCGAAGAGUAUGGUUUCCUACGCAUUGCGAAUAUCUCCUCGCAGAACAAUUUCUAUGUGGUGCUACGGUUCAAGACGCUCCAGCCCAAUGGCGUACUCUUCUAUGCUGCCAAUCAUGGCCAGAGCGCAAACAUUGGUCUUACUCUGGACGGCGGUUAUCUCAAGCUGCACAGCAUGGACAGCGAACUGACCAUUGAUAAUCGGCAGUAUAACGAUGGCGAGGAUCAUGUGGUAACGGUUCAGCACAAUGAAAACGAGCUGAGACUCUCCGUCGAUGAUGACGAAGAUAAGCGUAUCGGAUUUGUACAACCGCUGGAGAUAGAGGGCGGUGAUAUAUUCUUUGGGGGACUGCCCGAUAACUUUAUACCACCAAAGGGUGCAAUCUCCAAUUUGGCCUACUUUGUGGGUUGCAUCAGCGAUGUGACUGUCAACGGGGAGAUUAUCAACUUUGCGGAUAGUGCUGAGAAAAAGGGAGGUAACAUCAAUGGUUGUACACAGGACAAUUUAGCUUAUGAGGCUGGCAUGUUGCCCACAUACUAUCCAAGUGGAGCCAAUGAGGUGGAGCCGCCUCCAAACAUGCAUAUCCAUACGAAUGCAAAACCAACCACAACAACAACGACAACUACAACAAGCAGACCAACACCAUCACUCAGAACAACAACACCAACAACUACAAGAACAACAACAACCACCACAAGUACAACAACGACCACUACAGAGUCGCCGGCAUCAAUGAAAGACUUGCUAGUAAAGCCACAGCCCAAAUUAAAUCUGCCCAGCCAUCCCAGCUGCAAGCUGCCCAUCAGUCCCAACUACGAUGUUGACUUUAUCGAGGCUGGCUAUCGGUUCUAUUCGCUGCAAGAGCAGUACUUGGUAUUCAACAAACUGCCCGGUUUUAUGAGCGAACAAUACGAUAUGAGCAUGUCUAUCCGCACCAACUAUCCAAAUGGUAUAUUAUUCUAUGCCGCCAGCCAGGAGAGUAAUGACUUCAUAGCGGUCCAUUUGCUGGACGGUCGUGUGCAUCACCUGGUGAGAGUUGGUAACACCGUCCAGGCGAACAUAACCAGCGAACAGGAAUUGCUCGAUGGCGAGUGGCAUACGGUGCAGUUCGUGCGUACCAAUAGCAGGAUUAGCCUCAGCAUUGACGGCAUAGAGCAGGAGGGCUCUGUUGAUCUGUACAGUGAACAGGAUAUCAGUCCGCCAAGCCUGAUUACCUUCCCCGUUUAUGUGGGCGGCAUCACCAGAUUUUUGGAAGUAGAACUUAAGAAUCAAUUCAAUUUCGAUAGCAAUCCCUAUUACAAUGGCUGCAUUAGAGACAUCAAGGUCAAUGGAUUGGCGCUGGAUGAAGCGCCUACGGAGCAUCACGUUGUGCCAUGUUCGGAUCAAGUGGAAAGUGGCGUAUUCUUCCAUCAGGACAAGGGCUAUGUGAAACUCUUUGACCGCUUCAUGGUUGGCGCUGAUGUUACCAUCAGCUUUGACUUCCGGCCACGUGAUCCGAAUGGUUUACUCUUCUCGGUGCAUGGCAAGAGCUCAUAUCUAAUUCUGGAGCUGAUCAACAACACGGUCACCUUCACAGUCAAGUCGGAUGCGAAGAAUACGGUAGUGACCAACUACACACUGCCGGAUAAUGCCAGCUAUUGUGAUGGCAAAUGGCGCAAUGUACUGGCCAUUAAAUCAAAGUUUGUCAUCACCAUUGCCGUUGACCAUGUCAGCUCGCAGCCAGGGUUGGGCAACGAUAGUUCAGCCAUCACCAAAACUCAUCGUCCAUUGUUUAUGGGCGGUCAUCAUGCGUUCAACAAGGCGCCGGGCAUCAAGACCAGAAAGACCUUCAGUGGCUGCAUGAAGAACGUUAAAAUCAACAACAAGGAUAUAUCCAUAACGAAAAAUCUAAUUUAUGGCGAUAUCUGGCAAGGUGUUUGCCCCUUAAACUAAAACUCAACUCUACACAAAUGCCGUUGAACUCUGCAUCUGAUUACGGACACAAAGUGUGGAGAGAUGACAACAUCCAGAAUUCGAAAGGACUACGAACGAACAAAAUACGAACAAUCUUUUCGACGGGCUGCCAAAUUAGCUGGAAGUUCGAUUAACUCAAGAACUUACAGUCAAACCGUUCGUCGUACAUGAACAUGUAUAUCCAUUUAUAAGUAUACUCUUGUGACAAUCUAUUAAAAUCAAUAUUAAAUUUUCUUGUAAUUUUGACAAAAUAUAUCUUGUAACUUGCUUGCCUUAAAUAAAUAUUAAAUCAUCUUGAAGAAUACACAUAAA